UUUAAGUAUUUCAACCACUUUCCAGAUUGAACCAUUUCUUCUGUACCAUAGUCUAUAUAUAAGUAUAGUUUUCAGAAAUAAAAUGCAAAGGUGUGUUGUUUCGAUGGCACUAAGACUAACAACUGUCUGUUUCAUAAUUUUAGUUUGGAAUAUAAUUGCCUUUUGUGUGGUUGAAGGAUACGGGUCUAGUAGAAGAGCAAACGUUACAGUUGAGACUAUUCAUGGAGAUAUUUAUGACUGUGUGGACAUUUAUAAACAACCAGCUCUUCUGCACCCAAUGCUGGACAAAGAAAGAAUUAAGAGGACCAUUGCGAAGGAGUUGGAAAAACAAAGAUUGAAAGCUAAGAAACCGCAAAAGGACCAAUUUUCUUAUUUUAAAGCAGAGGAGUAUUGGUUGAAUAAAGAAGGGUGUCCUAUUGGAACUGUUCCUAUUCGACGAAUGACAAAGGAACAUCAUUUGACAAAUGGAUUCCCCACUGACGAUAUUAUCGAUUUUGCAGGUAUUAGCAUAAAAGCAUCCCCAGCAAUAAAUAAAUUUACAGGUGCCUCAACCAUCGUUACUUUGUAUAAUCCACAAGUAAAUGGACCUGGCCAAUACACUUCUGCAACAAUAUUUCUUGAAAGUGGUGAUGCGACAAAUUUAGAGCAGAUACAAACUGGUUGGAUUGUACAUCCACAACUAAAUGGUGACGGACGGACUCGGUUGUACACCUACUGGACAGCAGAUGGUCAGCAGAAAACAGGAUGUUACAACAGUAUUUGUCCAGGAUUCAUUCAGCUUAGCAGUGAAAUACCAGUAGAUUAUGCUUUCCCAAAAGUCUCGUUGCCACAGUAUGACAGCCAAGAACUGCAGAUUCAGAUCUACAAGGAUCAAGAGCAUUAUCUUCAGCUGUUCUCUGUAUUUGUUAUUGGAUUAUGGCCGGACGACAUAUUCAAGGCUUUGAGAAAUGGGUCGGAGAGAGUGAGAUAUGGAGGGCAGGCGCAUACACCAGCUGGUGAAACAGUGAGCCCACCAAUGGGAUGGUCAAUUUUGGGACGGCUAUAAGCGCCUCACUUGUCGCAUGCGCCAAAUCAUGUAUGGUGUGGACAUUGAUAAGUUCAGCCAGAUGAAUCGUUUGUUCAAACUCAUCGAGAUCAAUGUUUUAAAAGGCGGGGGCGUGAGGCGAGACGUUUUACCUCUGACGAGGCGAGACGUAAGC